ACUCAUACUUUUUAGCCUUUUUGCUUCUUUCGAAACUGUUUCUUUGAAUUUUAUUGGGAAUGAAUAAACUUUGGUAGAGGCAAAAAUAGAAUACAAAAAAUAGUUUUCUCUUUUGCAGUGCGGCGCAGUAGUUUCGAUUACGGCGCAAACAAACCGCGGUACCACACAGUACCACGUGCACGAUUGACUGACAUAUUGACUGACGAUUGACUGAUGUCAAUUGAGCAUAAAUUUGGAUAAAUUGACAUUUUUUAUGCUAUUUAGUGAAUGCGAAGGAAUAAUUGAAGUUCCACCUGAUCUAGCUCAUAGCCGGUGUAGUCAUGUGGGUCCUUAGCGGAAAUGAGAAGUCGCCUGAAGUGACACACUACCUACUCUGCAACCGUGACAUCUUGGUGGGGAGACGAACUGAUAUCAGAUUGGAGGAUGACAAGUCCAUCAGCCGCACGCAUGCCUGUAUACACAUCAGUUACAGGCAAGAGGAUGUGGCGUCGCCCACAUCGCGUGGCCGGGUGACUCUGUCGGAUCGUAGCAAGUACGGCACAUCUGUGAACGGCCAGCGUAUUGAGCCUCAGGGCGACUGCACACUGUCAGACGGAGACGUCGUCACCUUCGGACUCCAGUGGAACUCCUGGACCCUGAGCUGGCGUCCGCUGGCGGUGGUCAUCUCACUGCUGUCUCCCUCCGACCGCACCGCUCUGAACGCGGUGCUGGAGGAGCUGGGCGGUACGCUGCUGUCCGAGUGGGGGCCAACAGUCAACUACCUGGUGAUGAACUCCUUCAAAAUGUCCGUCAAGGCGGUGCUGGCGCUAGCCUCCGGUACUCCGGUGGUUACGGCUCAGUAUUUGAAUGAGAUGCUGACGUGCGCACGAUCCAAGAUGUCACCGGACGUCAACCCGACCGACUUCGAGCCGGUCAUGGACGAGCCGACCCUGGUCGGAAGCGGCUGCACCAUCGGGGUGGCAAAGGAGCGGAGCACCCUGUUCUUCGGGAAGCGGUUUGUGUUCGCGGAGGAAGCACAGUUGAAGCGGAUGAAGCAAGCUAUCGAGAUGGCCGGCGGAACGGCAUUACUUCUCUCGAGCUGUGGUCUGGAGGCUGCGGAGCUCGCCGAAAGUGACGUGAUCAUAAUGCAUACCGAGCUCAAAACACCCGAGGUCAACAAACUCAAAGCGGUACUGAAGCGGGCCCGGCGCCGGAUGGUGAAGGACCAGGAGAUCGGGCUGGCCAUCCUGCGAAUCUCCAUGGAACGCGACUGUAACCCGGCCUUCGAUUACAGCGUCUCCUUCGUACCACCGCUCGCCAGCACUCAGAGCCAGAGCAUGAUCGGCACUGUGUUAGCGAAGGAGACCCAGUCGGCCUUUGAGCCGCCGGCCGCGUCCCAGGGACCGGCGGCCGCCACUCCGCAUCAGAAGCGGCGGUUUGUUCCGCCAACACCUCCGACUCCGGCCACGGGCGGCGCUGGGACCCCGUCCGCCGCCCCUGCUGCCGCCGCUGCUGCCGCCCCUCCUGCCACCCCUGCCGCCCCUGCCGCUCCCGCUACUCCAGCCUCCAGAGUAGUUCCUGCUGCAGCCGCGAUACCUCCGAGCCCGGCCUCCUCCCGGCCGUCGGAGUCGGAGUGGCUGUCCGGCUCGGAGGCCAAACGGCGGCGCCGGGACCCAGAGCAGACCGGCUCAUCCACGCUGGAGGCUGCCGUCGGGCCGGCGCCGCCCAGUCUGGAGAUGCUGGCCGCGACCACCCCCGUCACGCGCAGGUCCCGGGACCCGCCUGCCGAGGAGCCGCAGCCGCUGUUCAAGAAGCCCCGGCUCUCCGAGACCGCCCGGCCGCGCUCCACAUCUGCCACCGAUGAGGACCUGUUUGAAUUUGACCUGGAGUCGGGCCACCGGCCUGCACGCCCGGCCCGGGUCCCGGCUCCAGCGUCACCUGCGCCGGCGACUACGUCUGCCCCCGCGGCCGCAUCCAAUAUCAAAAGGGGCCCCUCGCCGGUGCCGGAAACGCCUGCCUCCCGGGAGCCGAACGCCAGUUCGUCAGGUCAGCAACAACGGACAGCUGUGGUAAAGACGGAGCCACCGGGGGACGAUGACGGCUGGAUCAGCUCCUGCCGCCGGACGGGGCCGCCCCCGCCCCCGACCCCGCCCGCAGAAGACGCAACAGUGACGCCGCCGAAACGGGAUAAGAUGUCAGUGACGGAGGACGGCGACGCCUCAAGCCUGGUCCACAGCUGUAUUCGGCUACAGAUCUCCGACCUCAUCUGUCCCCGGAGGCCGCAAACGGACUCGACUGCCGCCGACACUUCGAUCAGCGGGCCCAACUUCAAACGAUUCAAAAGGUCGCGGCAGGCGCCGCUGUGUCCGCGGAUUAUCGGCGGCUCCGACCUGUACGUCGGCAGCCGACCGCGCUCGGCGGCGCCGAUGACCAACGGGGCUGGCCGGCCCACCAACGGUCUGGGACGGCACGACGCGUCAGACGGGGAGGAUGAUCUUCCAGGCGACGAGCCGCGUCAGGACGACGAUGACGACAUGUUCCGACUGCUGGACAGCGUCGGUCGUAACAGGAAUGCCCGUCGUCGGUAGUGGACCACUGACUUUUGAGGCGCCGCGCCUGGGGCGGUUUCCGGGUCAACGUUAUCGCAGGGGCAAGUGCAUCUCACGUCAGUAAGGUACCCGGUGAGUUUUGUUGCGCGUUAAGUCAUCCGGGAUGUCCGAGGCAGGGACGUACGUUUGUAGAAGGAGAGGGAGCCUGAGCUUAGCUUCAUUUCGAGUUUGUAAUGCUGUACCUUGCUCCUGUGAAUGUGAUGAGAUUGGUGGUUAAGCUGGCCAGUCCGGUCGCUGGCUACGAACAGAGCUGUGAUUGGGGUGUGCGAGAUCGGCUGGAAGGAUUUGGCCGUGCGAUGGUUUGUUGUCAGUAGUACGGGCGACAGAAGACUGUGUUACACACACCCGUGCGUAGGGUCGUGUGUGCGUAUGGUGCAAGACUAUCUCGGGUACACUGCCAGGAAGAGAAACCGCUACAGAGGGUUCAGCGCCCGUUUCUCGUCCCCUUGUCGAAUCCGUUGCAUGUCAGAUACAGACUGAUUACAGAACGGUUGGUUCCUAGAAAUACACGCCGUUAUCAUCGA